UAUAUUGCUUUUUAUAAGUAUUUGUUAUAUAAAAAAUAUAUAAAUCAAAUAAGAUAUUAAGAAACAUAUAUUUCAAAAAAAAGGACAUGAGCUAGUUUAGUUUAUUUGUAGGGAAUGUUUCAAAGAAUGUAGAUUAAAAACGUUUAGAGAAAGAGUUCUCUAAGUUUGGCGAAUGCACUGUCGAUUUGAGAAGAAAGUACGCAUUUGUCUCUUUUAAAGAAGUCAGAGAUGCAGAAGAUGCCAAAAAGUAGAUGCAUAAAAAAGAUUUAGGAGGUUUAUUGAUAACUGUUGAAUGGUCUAAGUAAUCAGGAAGGUUUGAAGAAAAUAGCAGCGGAAGAUUUAGAGGAAGAAGAAGAAGCUCUCGUUCAAGAAGUAGAAGAAGAAGUUCAUCAAGAGAUAGAAGUAGAAGAAGAAAAAGAUACUCUAGAUCAAGAUCUUCACGCAGCCAUUCAUCAGAUAGAAAAACUUCAAGAAGAAGAGAUAGAAGCAGAAGUGGAAGUAGAAGAAGAACUAGAAGAAGCAGCAGAAGUGAUAGUCGAAAAAACAGUAGAAAGAGAGAUGAAAAAAAAACUAAUGGGUCUGAUAGAAGAAGAAAAAGAUCUGAGUCCUCAAAGAAAAAAAAAUCCUCUAGAGAUGACAGAAGUCCUAAGAAAGAUAGCUCUAGCAAAGAUAAGAAGUCAGAAAAUGGAAAAAGAAAAGACUCUAGUCUAUCUCCUAAAAAAUAAAUCAGCUCAGAAAAUAAAUCUGAAUUAAAAGAUUAAGACAUUGAAAACAAAGAAAGCACUCAAAUUGAGGAAUAGACUCAAUCUCAAUAAUAGUAACAACAAUAAGAAGAAAUUAUCAAUGAGUGAAUCAUUUGUAAAUUUUUUUGAUUAAAAUGUGAAACUUACACUUAUCCAAACCAUAAAAGCAAAAAUCUAUACUUAAAAUUUAAAAAUGAUUUAUUUUACAUUCAAAGCUGUAUUUUAUCUGUAUUUAUAAAAAAGUUUGUCACCAUUAUAUUUUAUUAUUAAUUUAAGUAGGAGUGCUUUUUUCUUUCUUUCUUUAAUUUUAUUUAUUGUUUUAAAAUACAUUCUUUAAUAACUGCAAAUCAUCAUUUAUUCAUCUAUUAAACAUAUUUUUAUGCGAAAAUUAUCAAAAUGA